GGGAGAGUAGUGUUGGAGGAUGCACGAUGGAGAGCGGACGCACCAGUCAGAGCGUUUCUACAAAACCCACGUCAUCUGGAGUCACCUCAACUAAGAAGAGAGGAAUGAAGCGAGACUGCAAUGGGAAACGAUGAAAAAUCACAUUCGGAUUAUUUGCUCGUUGGUUUGAAUAACAUCCGUUAACCGCACAAUAAGCCAUAUUGUCAUAAUGUAUUAGCGUAAGUCUGUGACACGCUUAUGAAAAACACUUUGGAUAGAUACCGCUCGACAGAGGUGAGAAACUGAGAGCGACUGCCAGCUAGCUGUUACUGCACGGAGGUUGGAAGAGCGACUGACCCCAUCGGCCCCGUUGAACCUACCCUCGAACAGCCUGGUGACGUCAGUGCGCCAGCAUCUGCGAAAAUACGUCGGAAGUGAGGAGACCUGGUACUGUAGAUCUUGCCACACACCAUCCACGGGCAGGCAGGCGGCGUGAUCCUCACCAGAACAACCACACGGGCACCAGUCACUCACAGCGGCCCACACCGAACACCGAGGGGAGGAGGGAACGAGGCAGGGCACAAAGGAUACACGUUCAACACGAAGUUCUAGUUUAAUGACAGGUUCCUCACACAGUACAGCAACUUUCAAGGGCACAGAACAGUUAGUUAAUCAGGCACAGUACAGGGGCACGACAGACAGGCACACCGGAUGCACACAGCUCGCGAGCGGAGCAGCUCAACACUCUCUCAGCCCAGACACGCGUCUUCUCCACUACCCCUCAGCGCCUCUCGCUCGCCACUCUCCACUCUGCCGACUCAGCACUUCCUGCCCGGCGGCCGGAGGCCCCGGGCUCCCCUCUGUCUCUCUUGUCCCAACAAGUAGAGUUGCACCAUGCUGAGCUAACAUUGCAUCAUGCUACAAUUUCAUCACAUUACACAUACAAUCAUUCACAUACAGCACAUUCGUAACACUAUCUCCCCCUUCAGAAGGCAGUCGACCCGGCUGCCCCAACAUUCAACAAACAAAACAUGAAAUCAAUCAAACUAAUCAGUCCCCUGGGACAUCACUAAAGUCUCUUAACCAUCCCGGCCGACGCCUCUCUCGCACAUUUUCCUUCCCAGGGCUCGCAAUGAAAUCGUGUGUCAUUUGCGGUGCAACUAACGGAGAUGUGGUCCUUCGACCUCGGACGCCCAAGGAGGAUGUUCGGAGUAUGCUGGCCAAGUGGGCUUCGAAAGGCGAAUUCGUAGAGGCCCACAGGAGGUCCUCUAGAAGGGACGAUCGGUCCUGGCACCGACAGUGCAUUGCUAAAAUCCAGAGCUGGGACUACCGAUUGACAUUUGGGAUCGGUACUACCGGCGGUAGAUUACUGCUACCGAUACCGAUCAUUCGGUAUUUUGAAGAAACUACCGAAUACCGCUACCGAUCGCAUGAUUGGCAGUCAAUCGGUAUCGGUAGAUUGAAAAAGCGAGCGCGGGACUUUUUUGUUAAGACUUAAGAGAAGACGACCCCGGCAAAAUGAAACGGACAAGUUUCAACACGUUCGAGCGCAUCUAUGGGAAGCAGUUAGCAGGAAAUUCCAGGUAUUACUUUGACGUCAUCACGCUUAGCCAAUCACCGGCCGUUCUGGGCGUUCUCAGCCAAUCAGAGGCAGCCACGACCUAGCAGAUUCUCGCUCCCGCCAAAAGUUUUGGCGGGAGCCCCUCUGUUUGGCCUGCCGACGCGAGUAGCCUACACCUACGCUCUAGCUCCUACGCUCUCGACAACGUGCUCAGCCUCAUCGCCUAGUGUUUUAAGUGGCAGUGUUUUUAAGUCCACCCGCCGCGGCAGCAGCACUUAAUCGUUUUGUGCUUUUAACUUUUCAAGUGAUUUUCCUUUUUUAAACUUUAUUUUACAUUAAAAAAGUUUUGAUCAAGUCAGUGAACUAUUUAAUCAUAUUGUUACGAACCAGAGGUUAGGAUAUGCUGUGUGUUGAGUGAGUGUUUUGUAUGUGGCGCGGCGGGGCCCGUGUGUAGGAGUGUGUGAACCCUGUAAGAGGGACGCGGCAGAGUGAGGCUAGUCACGUAAGCCAGUGUCACGUGUGAGGCAGCGUGGGGGAGAGGUGAGGUGUGGAGGCAGCGUCUCCUUCCCCCUGUGGACUUGAGGACGUGUCCUGGGCAGAGGCCAUGGGAGUGAGGCUCUGUUAGGUUAGGCUCCAAAUUGAUGACACAAACUUAAUCGUACUUGUAAACUCAUUGCUUACUGACUACUUCUAUGGCUUUCAAGCUUUCUAUAACCUCUGUUAGAAUUAAUUUCACACAACACUUCCUGCCAAUCUAUUCUGUGCCAGUGUGCUUACAAACACGCUUACCUUUAUAUUGUCAAAUUGGCUCAGACUUAAGUGAACAGAGUAUAGUCGCCAUCAACAUGAGGAGGUUCCUGACCAGUAGCCCGGUCCCCGGCCCCAGCAGGCAGUCCCAGGCCCAGCAAGAGAGGACCAGCAGCCUCUCGGAUGCCUCAAUCAUCAGUGACCCAGCCGACCCCCUGGAGGACACCAGGAGCCUCUCCAGGGCAUCUUCCAUGUCCACCAGCAGGCUGGACACCUUGGCCAGCAGCGGCGUGGACAUGGUGAGCGCCAGCGGCGAGGAGACCUCCGACUACGAGGAAACCCAGGGAGGGGGACAGGCCUUGAACGCCGAGGAGGAGCUAAAGGGCUCUCUUCACGGCCUUAACGAGUUCUUCAAGUUUUACAAGCUGGAGACCUCCCAGAAGAGCAGCAAGUUCAAGAACAAGAUGCUGCACAAGGGGAUGGCCAGCUGCUACAAGUGUCCCCAGAAGAUAAAGUUCGACAGCGAGUCGAGGGGGAACCUCAAGAAGCACUACAAGACCAAGCACCCCUCCAUGCUGUCAUCUCUGGAGGCAGCCCUGUCCCUCAACAGGUUCAAGCCGACGACCAAGAUAGAGAAGACCCGCCGCCAGAUCACCCUGAAGGAGGCGACGGAUAGGCCCAAGGCUUGGUCGCAGGAGCUGGCCCAGCAGGCGUACGUGGUCUGGUUCGCGGAGGGCCUCAAGCCCCUCUGCGACACCGAGGACGAGUCCACGAGGACCUUCUUGAACUUCCUCAAGCCCGAGUUCAAGAUUCCCUGCAGGAAGACCCUCACCAAGCGGCUCAACAAGUACGCUGUACAGGUCAAGGAUGAGGUCAAGGCCACCCUGCAGAACGUCGACCUUGUGGCCACCACCGCCGACUCCUGGACGUCCCACAGGAGGGCCUUCCUCGGCUGCACGGUGCACUGGAUCGACCCCAUCACUUUGGAGAGGAAGGCAGCAACUCUUGCGUGCAGGGAGCUGAUGGAGAAGCAGACAGGACGAGUUCUGGCAAGGAACCUGUCUGACAUCUUCACGGAGUUCGACAUCAGCAACAAGAUCGCCCACUGCACCACCGACAACGGGCGCAACUACGUGGCAGCCUUCGAGCACUUUGCCGCCGACACCACCACCAGGCCAGAGUUGACAGAGGAGGAGCUUGAGGAGCAGACCGACGAGGCGAUCGUCAACAGCGAGGUCGUCGGCGUCUCGGACUUGCUGCGCAACAGGGGGGAUGAUGAGUCACAGCUUCCGCCACAUUUCAGAUGCAGUGCUCACACCCUCAACCUGCUGGCCACGACGGACGUAGCAGAGGUGCCUGAGUGGAACAAGGGGCCCAGGGCUGUCUUCAGGAGGCCUGGGGCCAAGGCCCAGGCCCUGUGGAACCAGCAGAAUAGGUCCUCUGUCUACGCCAACAGGAUCAAGGAGGCUCUGGGUGGCAGAAGGCUCGUCACCCCUGUAGCUACGAGGUGGAACAGCUACUUCAACUCCAUGAAGGCCCUCAUGGAGCUUGUGCUGGAGAAGCAGGACGCCAAGGUUGCCAUCAACCGCAUCCUCACCGACCAGGGCUCCGCCAGCUUCGACAUGAAGGAUGCCGAGAUCAUCAAGGAGUACAUGGACGUGAUGGAGCCUGUUGCCACCUGCCUGGACAGGAUGCAGUCAGACAAGUGGGCCUACAUGGGCAACCUCCUGCCCGACCUGAUGCUCCUCAAGAAGAAGCUCCAGCAGCAGCAGAGCCGCAACCUCAAGCACGCCAAGAAGCUUGUGGACUACCUCCUCGACCAGGACAACCUCACUAAUGGCUUUGCCAACAGAUUUGGUCACCUGUUCGCGGAGGAGCACCUGCUGAUGGCCACCGCCACCCACCCAGCCCACACUCUCCAGGCCAUCCACCGCCUUGCGGAGCAGGACUACACCACCAUCAAGGAGAGGCUUGUCAGGGAGUUGGUCGACAUCGUCAGUCCAACCCCUACGCGGGAGGCAGCUGCUGAUCAGGGUGGCAAUCAGUACUUCUGCUAUGAUGACCUCUAUGGGCCUUCUACUUCCACCACCCCAGCCAACAAAUCUACGCUGGAGGAGGCCAUCAAGCUGGAGGUCAUCAACUGGGCCAGGACCAGGGACCACGUCGUCAGGAAGGAGCAGUUUCCUGCCGGCCACCGCGACGCCUGGGUGAAGUUGUUUGUCAAAUACAACACCUCCCUGCCCAGUUCCGCUGCCGCUGAGAGGUUGUUCAGCACCGCCGGCAACAUCCUCCACCCCAAGAGGUCCUCCCUGACUGCCAACAACUUUGAGCAGUUGGUGAUGUUGAAGGGCAACAGCGAGCAGUUCAAGACAUUCCUCAAGGAGGACCUCAAGAAGGGCGCCGACACCGACCUGGAGUAGGAGGCUCAAGACUGCUUCAGUUGUAAUUUUUUUUUGUGUUGGGAAGAAAUUUAUUUUGUGAAAGUUAAUAAAUAAUGCUGUAUUGUC